AUGUCGGCCCCAACGUUCACACGAGCUGCUGCACUUACGCGAGUCUUGGGUCAGUCAGGUCGUCGCUAUCUCGUUGAAAGAGUCCUUCAAGAUAAACCUGGGAACCAAGGACGUGUUUAUCUUGCGACAUCUGGGGACGAGAAAUACGUCUUAAAAAGUGUCGCGCCACAUGACUUCAAAUACUUCAAGGAUAUGUUUGACGACCUUCGAAUCUCACCCUACGUACGAGUCUCCCACGAUGCUAUCCCUGAUAAAUCUAUUUUCGCAUAUAGAUACCUUCGGGACCACCUUCUAUCUUUUGUCCAAAAGGAAAUCCCACUUUCUAUAAUAAAACGAAUUCUCUGGGAUACCCUUCGUGGGAUUUCCGCUCUACAUGAUAAAGGGAUUGUCCAUACCGAUAUCAAGGCGAACAACAUCUUGAUAGAGUGGAAGGAGCGUGGUGGCCAGAUAACAGUCGAGCAGGUGCAGGUUGCUGAUAUUGAAGAUGCGGCCUACGUACUAGAGAAUUGUUUUAUCAAGGGAAGACAGUGUAUCUAUGCCAUCACAAAGCGAGUGAUACUCGCAGUAGACGAAGAAAAGGUUUCAGAAGAAAUCGAAAUCUUGGACAUUGUUCUCGAACGCCAACUUUCUUAUUUCUCCGAUCUAGAGGGUAUAGCCGGCCUCAUUCGGUACCUUGGGGGCAGUCCUUGGGCUCAAUUCAUCGCUUUGGUAGCUGCAGACUUCAAUGCAGACAAUCCGAGGCGACCGUUUGGACUGUGGCAGGACAUCGACCCAGAUUUUAAGGAUCUUGUCGUACGAAUUAUGAAUGUGGACCCCACUCGACGACUCACAGCCAGCGAGGCACUGGCACAUACAUGGUUCGCAGACGUUCCGUGA